AUGAACUUUUAUGAAAUUUGCGAUUACAAUAUAGGCACACGCAGUGAUUUGAUUUUUGACCGGCGUCGGCAACUACGAUGUAUUUGCCGAGAUGGAUUCAGUUUGAAUUGCCAAACUGCAGGCAAAGAACUGAGCCACGAAGGUUGGCUUGCGAAACGCAGCUCUGGGAAGAUUUCUGGAAGGUGGCAGCAGCGAUACUUCCGUUUGGAAGGAUGCUACCUUCGAUACAUGCAAUCACCCAGCAGCAGCGUCAAGAAGACCUUCAACCUCAGGAAAGCACAGACUUUGAGUGUGGCGGAAGACCAACCCCGGGAGCUGAACUUGGACUUUGGACAUCGCUGUUGGCGCCUGCGAGCUGCUGAUGCUGGGGAGGCCCGGCGCUGGCUGGUGCUGCUGGAGGCAGGUCGCCUCAUGGCAGGAAGCGCAGACGACGGGGAUGCCAGCGACAGCGAUGCGGACGACUUGCAAUCCGUUUGCAGCGUGCCCAGCAGCAACUCAACAACAGCAGAAUCCUUCUCCUCCAUGGAGCCAUUGACACCCAAGUUUGGUGCAAAAGGCAGAGCAGAGAAGGUCAACACUCAAGAGCUUGAUCAGAAGUUUGACUCCUGGCUGCCGUUUACUGAGGUGUGUGAUGGGCUCACACGUGCGUUGCAUGCGCUUUGGCUGCAGCUCUGUGAAGCCUGCGCAGCAGCCUUGGCUGACGAGAAGCUUCGGCUCGAGGCUUCUCGCACACGACCGGCUGUGGCAGCUGAGCGUGCGAUUGCUGCACUUCUUCAAGGUCAGAGUGACACAUUUGCCGCGCGGGAGUCCCUGGAGACUUUCCUCGGUGAAUACCUGGUGCGCAUUCUUCGAAGAUUGAAGCAUUGGCUGGAGAUGUCACUUGGAGAUGCAAGCCGGGAGUUUAGGGGGAGGAAACCCAAGCCAGCGCAGGCAGAACCUGUGCUGUUCCCCUUCUGCGACCGUGCGGAAAGCUUCGCAGGAGAGCCUUUGGAGCACAGCAAGCAGACAGUGCUGUCAAUUGAACAGCUUUUGUUGCGCGAGUGGGAAUCGCGAAGCUGUGAAGAAGCUUCAGCCCUGUGCUCAUACAUUUUUGAAGGCCAUUAUGUGGAAGAGGCGGGUCGCGUGAACCUUGCUCAGCUGCUCCGCCGCCUUGACGAUGCGGUGGGCGCUUGGCGGCCCUGGCGGAGCCACGACGCUGCCUGCAACCGAGCGCUCUGA